AUGGUUAUAGCCUUUCUCAACAGCAAGAUUCCUGACGAGUACGAGAUCUACUGUAUGCAACCCCAGGGCUCCUCUGAUGGAACCAAGCGCGUUUGGAAGCUCAACCAAGCUCUGUAUGGCCCUCGCAAGGCUCCCCUGUGGUGGUUUGAGACCCUUGUCAAAGUCAUGAAGGACGCUGGAUUCGUCCCCAUGUCAACAGAGAUGUGUCUCUUCAAGCAUGAGAAGCUGGGCGUACUGGUUCUUAUCUAUGUGGACGACAUCCUGGAGAUGAGAUUGAUAUCCAAGUUCCUUGGACUCCGAAUUCGACGGAACCUUGAUACGAAUCGGGUGUUCAUUGACCAAGAGGAAUACGUCAAGAAGAUUGUGUCCAAGUACGGCGAGGAGACCACCAAAUACACGGGAACACCCUGGAAGACAGACACUGUGAUUCCGCCUUCCUGGGAAUCAGUUUCAGACGUUCUGAAGAAGCGUUAUCUCAAACAGACUGGUUCCCUCAACUACGCCUCCACUAAUACACGCCCUGACAUCGUGAAGACCGUCAGCACGUUGUGUGAGGCCAAUUCCAACCCUUGA